AUGUCCUCUCCUGGUAUCAAACCUCGGGAGCAUGUGGACAUGAUGUACAUCUCCAUUGAGACAGCUAUCGCUCUGGCCUCAGUACUGGGUAAUGUGCUGGUGGUGCUGGUGGUGUGUGUGAACCGAGCUCUCCGCAACACCACCUUCUGCUUCAUCGUGUCUUUGGCAGUGGCUGACAUUGCUGUGGGAGUUUUGGUCAUCCCUUUGGCUAUUAUCAUCAGUCUUGGAUUUAGCACACAGUUCUACACUUGCCUCUUCCUGUCCUGCUUGCUGCUGAUUAUAACCCAGAGCUCUAUCCUUUCCCUGCUUGCUAUCGCCAUCGACCGUUAUCUCCGAGUCAAGAUUCCCACCAGGUACAGCACCAUAGUGACCCAGAGGAGGGCAUAUGUGGCAGUUUGUCUGUGUUGGAUCCUCUCCUUCCUCACUGGAUUGGUUCCAAUGAUUGGCUGGAAUAACAGUGAUGCUCAACGAAACCUCAGCAGUUCCAGCGACAUUAUCUGCAGAUUUACUACUGUGAUGAGGAUGGACUACAUGGUGUACUUCAACUUUUUCGGCUGGGUGGUGGUACCGCUGACCAUAAUGAUCGCCCUGUAUGGGGAGAUCUUUCGUGUGAUCCGGCGACGGCUUAACCAGCGUGCUGAAGCCACUUGUGAUGCAGAAAGGUACUAUCGGAAAGAGCUGAGGUUGGCAAAAUCGCUGGCCUUGGUGGUUUUCCUCUUUGUUGUGUGUUGGCUGCCAAUACACAUCAUGAACUGUAUCACUUUCUUCUGCCAAGACUGUGUCAUACCCAAGUUUGCCAUGUAUGUAGGCAUUUUCAUGUCCCAUGUGAACUCAGCACUAAAUCCGCUGGUUUAUGCAUUCAGGAUAAAGCGGUUCCGUGUCACGCUGAUCCAGAUCACUCGUCGUUGCAUGUUAUGUAAGCCCACAGAACCCACCCCGUACCCCACCAGCACACCUGGCGUGACUGAGAAAAUGGAUGUAAACCUGACACAUGGAGUGGAAAAUUCCCCUGUACAUGGUGUACAGUGA